AUGAAUGUGUCCCCAGACUCCAAGAUUGAGAUAUCCUUCUGGAUCUCUUGGGCCCUUACUGUCGCUCAUGAGGCGAGUGAAUAUACAGAACAGAAAUUCAAUGCGGACAAGACGGGAGGGGAGCUGGUCAUUCCUUCUCCCCACCUAGACACAGAUCUGGUCAUGGCAUCAUAUCACAAUCCCAUUCAGAUGCAGAUCAAUAUUGUAAGAUACAGCAAAUUGAUAUCCCUGAAGGACACUGGCCAUAAUGAAGAGAGAGAGAAGGAGUUGCUUGACAGGUCUCCUCCUGGCCAUGAUGGUACUAUGUUUAUCGACAUACCCACCACAGUUCUCGACAUUACCGGUGCCAUUCUCGUAUGGAUACUGAAUAUAUUACAGGAAGAGAUAUGGAAGGCCUCCCAAUUGCUGAAUCCCACACUUGAGAAAAGUGUCAAAGUCGGGGGAAGUUGGCAGACUAAUGAAGAGUGGUUUGGCCAAGGCUCCAGGAACGGUGAAAUCGCUGCCGGAUGCAUCAAUAUAUCCCCGGCUUGGUUUCAGCAGGGGCAUGAGACCAUCUCAGACCCAGAGGUAUCCACGUCAUUGAAGGGUCAAUGCUCCAAGGAAAUUCUCAAAGCUAUUGCGAGGCUGGCAGCUAUAGCAUCAGCUGCACUCAGGGUCAUGCAUCCUCCACAGUACUGGGCAGGCAUGUGA